GAAGGGAGGGGGGGCUCAUCCCAGCUUCCUGAGGGGAGGUAAUUUGCACGGAUCAAGGGGCCAGGCGUUGCAAAGUAUAAAUAGUGUGACUUCAAUCGCGGCUCAGCGAGCAGCAGGUCUGUAACUCCCCAUGACGAGACUAGGAACCGGCCCAGAUACACGAGCUGUCGAGCAGAGCGCGAGCUCCGAGAGUUGGCAACCCGCAUCAGCUCGAGACAAGAAAUAAUCAGUGAGAGUGAGAAUAAGCGUCACUGAUGUCUUAUCUUAGACUGUUGAAAAACUGAGCUUGACAAAGUGAGAAGAGAAGAGAAGAGAAGAGAAGAGAAGAGAAGAGAAGAGAAGAGAAGAGAAGAGAAGAGAAGAGAAGAGAAGAGAAGACUGGCGGGGUUUAUUUUUCCUUCUUCUUCUUGGGACCAGUGAUGGAAGAACUCACCGCUUUCGUGUCUAAAUCCUUUGAUCAGAAAGUGAAAGAGAAGAAAGAGGCGAUCACGUACCGGGAAGUGCUGGAGACGGGCUCGGCGCGAGCCAGGGAAGCGCUCCCGGUUGAAGCAGGGCGCGAGGACUCGAGCAUUCUAGCGCGUGGAGCCGUUGCGCGCUCACCGGUCAGAGAAGCGGACAUGACUGGGCCGGAGAGAACGAGGGACACGGGGAGUCCCAAACUUACAGACGGUAUCCUGGACGUGAAAGAACGUAAAGAGGACGCCAAGCCGAUCGAGGACGAGACGCAGACCAAAAUCAAGCAGAGGAGAAGUCGGACUAACUUUACUCUGGAGCAGCUGAACGAGCUGGAGAGGCUGUUCGACGAGACGCACUAUCCGGACGCGUUCAUGCGAGAGGAGCUGAGUCAGCGGCUCGGGUUGUCUGAAGCGCGUGUGCAGGUUUGGUUUCAAAACAGAAGAGCCAAAUGCAGAAAACAGGAAAAUCAGUUACACAAAGGGGUGCUCAUCGGAGCUGCGAGUCAGUUUGAAGCGUGCCGCGUCGCGCCAUAUGUCAACGUGGGAGCUUUGCGCAUGCCAUUCCAACAGGAUAGUCAUUGCAACGUGCCACCCUUCUCCUUUCAGGUGCAGGCGCAGCUACAGCUGGACAGCGCCGUGGCCCACGCGCAUCAUCACCUGCACUCACACCUGGCGGCGCAUGCGCCCUACAUGAUGUUCCCUGCCCCGCCGUUCGGUUUGCCCUUGGCCACGUUGGCGGCGGAAUCUGCUUCAGCGGCGUCGGUGGUGGCCGCAGCGGCCGCCGCCAAGAACAGCAACAAGAACUCGAGCAUCGCGGACCUGAGACUGAAGGCCAAAAAACACGCGGCGGCGCUCGGGCUGUGACACGUCGGGGCGCGUGCAGAAUAAUAGGACAUUAUUUAUACGCUCUUAUGAAGGACACUCCAGAAUAAAGGCUUAUUUAUGACAUGAACAACACAAACUGUGAAAUCGAACUGAAACCUGUCACGGACGCAGGUUGCAACCAGAACGGACCGGAAGGGGAACAUUUGUCCGAGACAAAACUCGUUCUGUCCAAAACAAAAAUAUGUGAUAACGCAGCUGGGACUCUUGUGUGACAAAGCGAACACUUUCUGCGUAAUGUGCUGUUUUAAUAUCUACGUUAUUGGUCAUCUUUGAGGAAGAACAAAAAAAAGAAAUACUAGUUUAAAAAAAGAGGCUGGCCUCGUUUUAUCUGAAACACGUAAAAAGGACACUUACGGAUGCCUGUGCGCAAGGACUAUAAAAAAAAAAAAAAAAUCACAAUAAAGCUUCAUUUCUUCUAACGUGCCAUCACGUGAGCUCGGUGUCGAGGUGUGUCGUGACGUCAACGCCUUCACGUGAAGUCAAUGCCCAGUAUCACAUGGUGAACUUGGACACUUUGUGCGCUCACCUGACCGGUUCUUUGGGGUUCUCGAGCCAGUGGACGUUUGGGAAAACUUAAAAAAAAUAAAAGCUAUCACACAUUUUAAACACAUUUUACUUAUUAUUAUUAUUAUUAUUAUUAUUAUUAUUAUUG